AUCUAGGUAGCAGAGACAGCGGGGCAGGCUGGCCGUGCUGUGCGGGCAUGUGUCGAUAGCCACAUCCGGGGGGAAUGUUACGGUGGACGGUGCACCUGGAGGGCGGGCCCCGCAGGGUGAAUCAUGCAGCAGUGUCUGUGGGGCACCGGGUGUAUUCAUUUGGAGGACACUGUUCUGGAGAAGACUAUGAGACAUUACGCCAGAUUGAUGUACACGUUUUCGAUGCAGUGUCAUUGCGUUGGAUGAAGUUGCCCCCAAUGCGGUCCAGCAGACAGGCUGUGGAAGUGCCCUACAUGCGUUAUGGACAUUCGGCCGUCCUCAUUGAUGACACUAUCUACCUGUGGGGUGGACGCAAUGACACAGAAGGAGCCUGCAAUGUGCUCUAUGGCUUUGAUAUCAACACUCACAAGUGGUUCACACCCAAGGUAUCUGGGACAGUGUCUGGGGCCCGAGAUGGACAUUCAGCCUGUGUCCUGGGCAAGAACAUGUAUGUCUUCGGGGGCUAUGAGCAGCUGGCUGACUGCUUUUCCAAUGAUAUCCACAACAACAUGACGUGGACCCUCAUUUCUGCCAAGGGCACUCCCGCACAAUGGAGGGACUGUCACUCAGCUACAAUGUUGGGCAACCUCAUGUAUGUUUUUGGGGGUCAAGCUGAUCGAUUUGGACCCUUUCACUCAAAUAAUGAGAUCUAUUGUAACCGAAUCCGUAUCUUUGACACAAGGGCUGAGGCCUGGUUGGAGUGUCCAUCUACCCCAUUGUUGCCUGAGGGUCGAAGAAGCCACUCUGCCUUUGGGUACAAUGGGGAGCUGUACAUAUUUGGCUGCUACAACGCAAGGCUGAAUCGGCAUUUUCAUGACCUCUGGAAGUUCAAUCCAGUGUCCUUCUCUUGGAAGAAGAUUGAACCUAAGGGAAAGGGGCCAUGCCCCCACCGAUGCCAGUGCUGUUGCAUCAUGGGAGACAAGAUUGUCCUCUUUGGGGGCACUAGUCCUCCUGAGGAAGGCCUAGGAGAUGAGUUUGACCUCAUGGACCACUCUGACCUACACAUUCCAGACUUUAGUCCCAGCCUGAAGACCUUGUGCAAACUGACUCUGAUUCAGUAUAACCUGGACCAGACCUGUCUGCCCCAUGAUAUCAGGUGGGAGCUGACUGCCAUGACCAACAGCAACAUCAUCCCAUGGGUAGAGGGAAGCCUCCAUUGCUUUCCCUACUGAUCUUGCUGCUGCCCUCACCACCCCUUCCCAUCAUUUGCGAGCCUGCCACCAUGGGCCCCUGGACUUUGUUCCCCUGCAGCUGGAGGUGCUGGACUAGGGAUUUUUUCUGUGCUGUGGACUUUUGGAGGGGCAGCUGGGGGAGUACAGGGGCCCUCCCCUUAUCCCCUCCCCCUUGGGGCUCAGGCCCUCUCACUUUGGUGCUCUCCCCAUCCAUGUCCUCUUUCCCUCUGAUUGUUCCUUAGCAUCUGUCAUCUGUUUAGGGUAUCCACAUAUCUUAUGCGGUUUGAGGGAGGUAAGAUGGGGAAGCAUCAGUACCUAAAUGUAGCUUCACUGCCUCCUCCACCUUCAGGAGAAACCCUUAGGCCCAAUUCCUCAACCCUGCCUGAGCCAUGAGUGGUGUC